GAUCGCUGCAAGUUGGAGGCGAGUCUGUGGGUUAAAUGUCGGAGUGUUUGUGCGGAGUCACGGUCCGGAGUCUCUCGCCGGGAUUACAUAACCUCCCUCAGGCCGAGUAGCUCCUCCUGCUCCUCUUGGCCUCCAAACCGACGGACCGACAGAGAUGGGUGAGAAAGAGGAGAAAAGCCCCGAUGGGGUGAAAUACUUCAGACUGUCUGAGAUCGAAGCCCAGAACUCCUUCAAGUCCACCUGGAUCAUCAUCCACAACAAAGUCUACGAUGUAACCAAGUUUCUGGACGAGCAUCCAGGAGGGGAAGAGGUGCUGAGGGAGCAGGCUGGAGGGAACGCCACCGAGAGCUUCGAGGACGUGGGCCACUCAACGGACGCCAGAGAGAUGGCCGCCAGCAUGAUGAUCGGAGAGCUGCACCCAGACGACCGGCACAAGAUCUCCAAACCUGUGGAAACACUGGUUACCACGGCGAUGGAGCAGAGCAGCUGGUGGUCCACCCUGAUCCUCCCCACUCUGGCAGCCGCCAUUGUCACUCUUAUCUACCGCGUCUACACUGCAGAGUGACGUAGUCGUCAUUGGGCCGCCGUCAUGUCAUCAUCAGCGGGGCUCCUCGGUGUAGAGCUGCAGUUCUAGAGCAGACGGUUGUCUGCUGCGGACCAAGGCAUUUUAAACAUCCCGUCAGUCCCUUCUAGAAGCAGCAGCUCUACGCUGCUUCUCAUCGACAGCUCAGAAUUAACCAAAAUAUAACCAACCAAUCACAUGACGUUAUUGUAAUGAAGUCCUUAAUGUCGGGCAUUUAAAAUCCAGACGUUCAGCUGAAGCCUCAUAUCUUCCAGAAAUGCACUGGCUGUAUAAUUUUCUGUGUAUUUUUAUGUCUUUAUAAGUGAAUGUGAAUGAAUAGCGAGCGGCUAACAGUCGUCACGCCGCAGCGAGUCCAGUUCGCCCUCGAUGCUGCUGCGGACCAGGAAGGGAAAACUAAAAUCCCACCAAACGUUCCUCAUCCGUCUGCAGCUCCAUGAACCUCCAGCCUCCAUCUGGACAUUUUGAUAACAGAGAUCCAUCAUAUCUGCAGACACCAGCGUGCAUAAAUCUGUUUAAAAAAAGUGUUCAAAUUCUGCAUUCUUUGAAUGAAAAAGUUUAAAACGGUUAACAUAGUUCUCCUGUAGUGUCUAGAAAUGUUCUGAAAACAUGUUUAAAGUCCUUCAGAUUAAACCGUUUUCUGAGAUAACCUGCUCCUCAGCCUCGGCUGCAAGGACCUUUUUCAAGGACCUCCUGUCGGGUCCAGAUCUGAUGCAAUAGUGUCGAGGUUUUGCGUCCAAAAGGGACCCAGACGUUUAACCCAGCCUGUCUGUUAAAGUGCAGCUGCUUUUAAUGCAAUAAAAGUGAUUCACAUGUUGGAA